ACCCCUCAUUCAUUCCAUCAUUCAUCUUUCAUCACACACUCUUGUUUCUUCUUAUCAAAUUUUUCCCUCAACUACUAGGUACUAUUUUGUGAUUUUAAUAAUCCACAUUACUUAUUAAUUCCACUUGCCAAAAUCCCAAAAUCAAAACUGAAUCUUUGAAUAUCUUGAUAUUUCGUCGACGCGACCCCCAAUAAUAUUCUACGCUCAUUAAAAUCCCCUCGGGCCUCUGUUAUCAAUACACAAACCAUCCAUCUAUGACAAUCAGACCAAAUCAAAUGAACAACAUAUACAACAAGCAUUACACACUUUAAAUCUUACGCCCCUUCUCGCGAGUCAGUCGAUAUUCAACCAUCGAUCUGUGAAUCUAUUUCGAAGCUUAAUCGAUUGCGAAGCGUGUAAAUCCACUCACCCGAAAAAAAGAGAUACUCGAACACGAUGCCUGUCGCAGCCUUGAAUAUUUUGCCCACGGCAGCAUCAUCAACGUCAACAAUACGGAAGUCGUCCCUCGCUCCAGAGAAGAAGUACAAAUGUCAGUUCUGUAAUAGAGCCUUCAGCAGGAGCGAACAUCGUAGCAGACAUGAAAGAUCACGUAAGUUUUUGAUGUUCCUUACACCCCUUUUAGCUUCCCCUCUUUGAAUCGAAUCGCGUGGUGGAUUCAUCGACACCGAAUUGCGACAAUCAUCAAAUUCUUUUCGAUGUUCCAUCGCGGCGAUUGAGUAUUAUGCUAACAUCGUUCCUGCAGAUACUAAGGAGCGCCCAUUCAAGUGCAUGAAGUGUAGAAGUACCUUUGUGCGACGCGAUUUGUUGCUUCGACAUGAUCGGACCGUACACGCUAAAGACGGCGGUGUUCCUUUGCAUAGCGAUGUAAAGCGACGUGCCGGUCCGAAGGCAUCUGUUGUAUCGGGCUCAGCGAAAUCAGCUAUCGCUAUCGACACAUCGGCCCUUGAACAGAUCGAGGCCAGUAGCGAUGGGUUAGUUGAUCUAGAGACCGCCGCUAUGUUGAUGACCGACCUUCACCACAAAGCUACUGCGGCGAUGCGCAAUGCAGGCGUAGGCCCAUAUGAGAAUAGACCUGGAAUGGCUUUCACUCAUAAUGGUACUCCGCUCAUGGAACCAUCCGUCACAUAUCCUUCGGGUGCAAUUUCGCUUCCACAGGUCCCGUGGGACUCUUUCAUGCCUCAAUCUGUGACCGAGCCAAAGUCUCAUUCAAUUACCUCGGGUGCCUCUGGUUCCCAAGAUUCCCAUGCGUCUUUUACAAGUGGCAGUUCGAUGCAGCCUCAUCCGAACCAGCUUCCACCCAUCGUUAAACACAAGGCGUCAUCGAGUUACAAUGGCCUUGUCCCCGCGUUACAGUCGAUGAUUGACUCGUUGCCACCUUCAGUAACUUCCACUCCUCAACUGUCCCCAAUGCAACCACGUUCCGAAGCAGCAGCCAUGAGAGCACCCCAAGUGAUGAGUGAUGACGAACGCAAUAUUAUCCUGGAUAAUAUCCGUGGCCAUGAUAGCGAGCGAGCAAUCCCAGAGGGCUUCCGUCUUCCCCCCUUGGCGAAUUUGAACCGAUUUCUUUCGACCUACUUCAGCUUGUUUCAUCAUCAUCUCCCUUUCUUGCAUCCCUCAACUUUCAAGCCUACGCAAGUUUCGCCACCACUGCUGCUUGCGGUUUUAUCCAUUGGUGCUCUCUAUGCCUUUGAUCAAGACCACGCAUACAUGAUGCACAUUGGUUCCAAGGUUCUCGUGAACCAAUUUUUGCAAAACAAGGAAAAUUUCAGCUCACGCAAGUGUCCUUUGUGGACCAUGCAAAGCUCGCUCCUCAACAUGAUCUUCGCCAGCUGGAGUGGAGACCCAAAAGGGUUGGAAUGGGCUUGCUCAAUCAAGAGUUUACUUGCUAACAUGGUUGCCGGUAACCGUUAUGAGCUAAAGCUUCGCACCGAUGCUCGUGAAGGUGCUGCGCCUACGCGAUCUGAAUGGGUAGAAGAUGAAGGCUGUCGACGAACGUACUAUGCGGUAUACAUCUUCUUUGGAUUACUGACGCUGACCUACAACCAUACUCCCGCCAUCAGUUUCAACGAAUUUGAGGAUCUGCAACUUCCUUCGACCGAAGCGAUGUGGAACCUUAACGUUUCCGACGAAGCUACCUGGAGAGAGCACCUCAAAGCUGCUGAAAUCCCAUCAUUCAUGGAAGCGCAUGCCAAUCUGUUCCAGGGUGAAUCCUUACGCUACAGUGCCUUCGCAACUCGUGUCAUGAUUAAUGCACUCUUUCUCGAGAUUUGGUACCACAAGCGCAGCCCGGAAGCACUCCAAGACAUGGUCCUGGAAUUUAAACUCCGACUUGCUUUGGAGACAUGGGAGAAGUCGCUUGACCUUUGUGAGCCUGAAAUCGUUUCAGUUCCACUCAACGCCCCUCACAAAGGACAUCCAUUGAUAUUUAAUGCCAUGGCCCUGUUCCGCAAUGCCAAGGCUCGUCUGGAGGUUGACCUCAAGUCGAUCCAAGAGGUCUUGAGGUAUCACGACUCUUAUGAAGUCGCUGCUGCCAUGUCAAAUGCAAGGGAUAAGGUCAAGAGAUCUAGCGAGAUGAUCAAGGUCAUUCAAGAGUGCUAUAAUUGCAUCGAGACGGCAGCCAUUCAAGGAAUUCGUUGGGUUGCGAGGACUUCUGCUACUAACUGGAGUAUCGAGCAUCCUCUUUGUGGCUUAGAUCUCAUGGUAAUCCUCAGCUUGUGGCUUUAUCGCCUGGAAAAUGACGAGGAGCCUCCAACUGAGGAGGAAACGGCCAUGCACAACAAGAUCCGAGCUCUCUUUGAUGAUGAUUCUGUUGGAUAUAGCUCCAAGCUUAGUUCCACAGUCGCUCGUGUCUGGGGUAGCAUGCUUGAUGAAGUUGUUGUCUGGGGGUAAGUCGCAACAUUCGCCACCAAAAUAGUCAUUAUGCUAACAUGUGUAGAAUCACAAAACUUAUGGGAGAAUCCUUUCGACUUCAUUCUCAAGCCCUUGUGGGCUAUGAAGAUGACAUUGAAGCUUCGGACGUGUCAACACCCUCCAUGAUCUCUCAGGGAAUGGAUGACGCCGAUGAUAGCGUGUACUAAGAUUGAGUUUCCUUUAAUGAUUGCUAUGAUUUCCUAUUUCUUUUCCUUGAUAGACUCGGUUUUGAUAUCCCUCUUCUCUUUUCACCUCACGCUCUUGGUUUUGACGAGGUCGUCGGUUUAUCUUUGGCACUUUCUUUUCUCUUUCUUUGCAUAUAGCGAUUUUACUUUCGUAUUAUUUUUUUCUCAUGAGCAUUUCUUUUCAAGGGGUUACGGGCAACAAUACGGGGCUGGUCGGGCAUAUUGGGCUUUUCUUCAUUUUCGUCUCAUCUCACGCGCCCUGGCGCACCUAAUGUCUCUACACUCAUACUCAUGGCUGGCCCACUGGUGUUGUUUCUGCCCUUGUCCUAUUAGCACUAUCCACUUUAUUAAUUGUUUUUGUCUCCGGUCCUCAAUUUCACCUCGAUACCUUGUUCGAUAUACAUAUGGUUUUUGAGUUUGUUUUUUUUAAAGCUUUUUAUCUCUCUCAAGCACUUUUGGUCAUAGGUCUUGCGAAACGUUUUUAUGCGUCGAUUGAAGUUUUCAUGGAUUUUAUUUGCAUGCUGGUGAGGGGGAAAUUGGAUUUGGUUGGUUGGUUGGUACUCGAUAACCUAGGCGGGGCACAGAAAGGUUUAAUGUCGCCUGAUGGGGAUCGGGACAGCACUGAUCGUGCAUGUACAGAUAGUCAGUAUCUCAGCAUCUUAUCAAUCAAUAUUACAUGUCUACUCC